AGCACCAAACUUGAAAUUCCAGUUCCUCCAUCCUGUGAAACCACCUCGCAUUUAAAACCCUAGCUCAAAGAACCAGCUCUAGGGUUUUUGUCCUAGGAAUUAUCGGGGCUUUUCGGAUCGCUUUCUAGCGUGUCUUUUUUCACAUUUUCUCUCUCAAAUCCUCUUCUAGGGUAAUUUAUCUCCUUCUAUGAUGGAGUCUCUGUCAUUUUCAUCCUCAUCUUUCUAGAAUUUCUCUUCUGGGUUUUCAGGCUUCUCUGCAACUUAUUGGUUUCCUCCAUGGAAGGCAUUGAAAUGGAAGAAGUUUCACUUUGCGAAGAGAACGAGGACCUUUAUUACGAUUUAUUAUCAAGGUUAAAAAAUUCUCAGAACACUGACCAUCAACACUUAUGUGCAGUAAUAGGAGCCAUGGCCCAAGAGCUCCAGGACCAGAACAUACCUAGAAAUCCCACUGCUUAUUUUGCUGCAACGAUUUCUUCUCUUGAUAAGCUCUCUAUUGAUCCCAUGGUUGGUUCAAAUGACCCAGUCUCUGCUUCUCUCUUGAUUUUCCUUGAAAUGAUAUUGCCUAGAGUUUCCUCUGCGAUUCUUCGAAGCAAAGGUGUGGCAUCCAUGGAAACAAUCAGGAAGGUUGUUGGUAAACCAGGGGUUAGUGUGGGUGCAAUGAAUGCUGGGCUGAAGUGUAUCUCUCAUUUGAUUGUAGUUGGAGACAAAUUUCAAUGGCAAAUUAUUGUCCCUUACUACGGGUUUUUGCUCAGUCAUAUAAUUGACCGUGUCCAAAAGGUGAGAAAAAGGGCUAGAACAUGUCUUCAAGAGGUACUCCAUGGCUUUCAAGGAUCAUCCUUGCUUGUACCAGCAAGCGAAGCGAUCACUAGUCUAUUUGAACGGUAUCUUCUUCUUGCCGGUGCAUCAAAUCCUGCAGUGCAAUCAGUAACUGAUGGCCCAACUGAAGGUGGGGCAAUGGAGGUCCUAUAUAUCUUAGAGGCUCUCAAGUAUUGCCUGCCUCUAACGUCAACAAAAUGCACAUCUCAAAUCUUGAAGUAUUUAAAGCCACUCUUUGACAUUGGACAACCUAUUGUUACAAGACAUUUAAUGGACAUUUUGCGUACGUUGUGUUCUAGUCCAACUUCUUCUUUGGCUCCAGAUGCACUUUUAGUUUUAAUUUGUUUGUUAGCAUCAUCUGUGUCUGCUGAUGAGAAGUCAGCUGAUGAGAUGACAGCUACAUCACACUUGCUGCUUAUCGGUAUGGAGAAGGUUUAUGCUCUAGACAGAGACCUGUGCGUCGUGAAACUGCCGGCUAUUUUCAGUGCACUCGCAGAGAUUUUGGCUUGUGAGCAUGAGGAAGCUGUAUUUGGAGCUACAAAAGCAUUGAAAAGUCUUAUAUCAACUUGCAUUGAUGAGAGUUUGAUCAAGCAGGCAACCGAUCAGAUUAAGCCAACUCUUAGUGGAGGCCUGAGAAGGUCUGGACCAACUAUAUUGGAGAAAGUUUGUGCCACUGUUGAGAGUUUACUUGGUUAUCAGUAUAACGCGGUUUGGGAUAUGGCAUUUCAGGUUGUUUCAGCGAUGUUUGACAAAUUAGGGGAGUCAUCCUCGUUUCUGAUGAGGGAAAGCAUUAAAAGCCUAGCAGAUAUCCAGCAGCUUGAUGAUGAGUACAUGGCUUUCAGGAAACAGCUGCAAAAAUGUGUUGGUUCUGCAAUUGCCGCAAUGGGACCUCAGAAUUUCUUGAGUCAUCUGCCUCUUAAUUUAGAUGUUGAGGAUUUAUCCCUGGCUAAUGUUUGGUUGAUUCCAAUUCUGAAACAACACAUAGUUGGUGCCCGUUUAAGUUUUUUUACAUCCCAUAUUUUGGGUUUGGUCACAUCCUUGAAGCAGAGAGCUAAAGUGUUUGAGAAUGAAGGUCGCAUUGUUGCAUCAAGGACUGCAGAAGCACUGGUGUAUCGUUUAUGGUCCUUGUUGCCUGCCUAUUGCAACUAUCCUGUAGACACGGCUGAUAGCUUUAAGGGUCUAGCAAAGUCCCUGAAUGAUGCACUUUAUAAAGAGUCUGAGCUGCAUGGGAUAAUAUGCUCUGGUUUGCAGAUCCUCAUUCAACAGAACAAGAGAGUACUUGCUGAGACAAGGGAUCUGUCUGCUGAUGGGAAUCCCCAGGAUGUAAGCAUUUCUAUCCAAAAAGCUAGGGCAUGUUAUACGCCGCUGGUUGCAGAAAAUAAUUUGAGGGCAUUGAGCUCAUUCUCGCAACAUUUUUUCUCAGUUCUGUUUGGAAUCUUUGUAAAGUGCUCAACUGAUAGCGGUGGGUCGUUGCAGUCCACUAUUGCGGAGUUCGCAUCUAUAUCAGAUAAGAUGGUGGUUCGCCAAUUCUUCACAAUGACGAUGCAGCGGCUACUAAAAUUGACACAAGAGGCUGUUCAAUUAGAGCAGCCAAGUGAAUCCAAUUCCAUGCAAAUCGAUGGCUCCAGGAAUGGGGAUGCAUUAGCAUCUGAAAGGGGCCAUUUGUUGGACUUAGCUAUAUCACUUCUGCCGGGUUUAGAUGCAGAAGGCAUCAAUCUAUUAUUUAUUUCGAUAAAGCCUGCCAUGGAGAAGGAAGAGGGUUUGGUUCAGAAGAAGGCAUAUAAGGUUCUCUCUAUCAUCUUAAAGGAACAUGGAGAGUUUCUUCAAACCAAGCUGGACGAUAUAUGUAAAUUGUUGGUAGAAGUGAUGCCUAUGUGCCAUUUUUCAGCUAAACGACACCGUCUUGACUGCUUGUAUUAUUUCAUCCUUAAUGUCUCAAAGGAUACUCCAGAGCAAAGGAGAGAUAUCAAUAGUGCAUUCCUUACAGAAAUAAUACUUGCUUUGAAAGAGGCCAACAAGAAAACAAGAAACAGGGCUUAUGAUUUACUCGUCAAAAUUGGGCAUACAUAUGGUGAUGUAGAUCAAGGAGGCUCUGAUGAAAAUCUACAUCAGUUAUUUAAUACGAUCAUUGGCUUUGUGGCUGGGGAAUCUCCACACAUGAAGAGUGCAGGAGUAAAAGGACUAGCUCGUUUGGCUUAUGAGUUCUCUGAUCUCGUUGCUUCAGCUUCCCACUUACUUCCAUCUGUAUUCAUACUUCUUCGUCAGAAAAAUAGAGAAAUAAACAAAGCGAAUUUGGGAUUGAUGAAGGUGUUAGUGGCCAAAUUGCAAGCUGACAGAUUACACACACACUUAAAAAGCAUGGUGGAAAAUUUGUUGCAGUGGCAAGAUGACACCAAGAAUCAUUUCAAAGCCAAGGUUAAACAUCUGCUUGAGAUGCUUGUGCGAAAGUGUGGUCUAGAUGCGGUUAAGGCUGUAAUGCCAGAGGAACACAUGAAACUUCUUACCAAUAUUAGGAAGAUUAAGGAACGAAAAGAUCGAAAAAUUGCAGCCAAGUCAGAGGGAACAAAGUCCGUGUAUUCAAGAGCAAGCACUGCCAGGCUAAGUAGAUGGAGCCAUACGAAUAUAUUUUCGGAUGUUGGAGAUGAGGAUGGUGGUGAUAGUGAUGAUUCCCUGGGAGCAGGGACUUCUACUCGUCGAAGCAAGGAUGCAUCUGUUUCUUUCUCUAGAUCUUCUUUAGUGACAUCCAAGAAGCGGACAAGAGAAACAAACAAGCAACUCCCUGGGGAUUUGCUUGACCAUGGGGAAUCCGAGCCCCUUGAUUUACUUGAUCGCCGAAAGACGAGAUCGGCCCUCCGAGCAUCCCAACCUCAUCAGCUCCGACCCCAAGAGAUAGAUGAAAACAUUGAAAUAGCCCCUGAUGGUCGGCUCAUAAUAACAACCAUCAAAGAGAGUAAGCGAAACAAGCAAAGAGACUCUGACUCUGAUGAUGAGAACAACAAAUCCCUAACCCUAAAAAGCAAGAAUUCGAGCUCCUCUCGGGGAACGCCUUCUAUUGGAUUCCGGCAGAACAAGCGGCAGAAGACAUCAGAUUCGGGACGGGCUUACAAGGGUGAUGAGUAUGCCAGCAAGAAGGCUUCUGGUGAUUUGAAGAAGAAGGGCAAGCUUGAGCCUUAUGCUUAUUGGCCUCUUGACCGAAAAAUGUUGAACACUAGAGAGGAGAAGAGAGCAGUUGCACGGAAGGGUCUUGCGAAUGUUAUGAGGCUAUCCAAGAAGCUUGAGGGGAGAAGUGUUUCAAGCGCCCUCUCUGUGAGAGGGGUGGGUGGUCUCAAGAGGAAGCAAAAGGCCCACAAGGGUAAGGGACGCUUCAAGAAGAAAUAAGGCUUUUUGCAUGUUGAGAGUGUUUCUUGGGGGUGUUUAGUUUGAAUUUCUGGUUCUGAUAUUGAUCGUCUGUAGCGCCUAGAAUGUGUUUAAUGCUGCCCCUGAUGCCAAGUUUACUGUUAACCCCUUUUAACUGUUUUGGGCUUUGGCUGGUUUGGGAUCUAGCACAAUGGUCCAACGCAGUCCCAGCUGAAUACUGGGAAGAAAAGAGAGAUAUGGCCUUUGGCCACAUGGGAGUUUUUGCCAUAUGGGAGUUUUUGUGAAAUGGAAGGAAAAUGCUGUUUUAGUAUUUAAUGUUGAGUACAAGUUUCUUGUUUGUUUGUUUACAAUAUAUAGCCUUUAGACCUGGUCACCUUGGCAUGGAGUUCUGUAACCUUAUAUUCUUAUGGAUUCAGUUUAUACAAGCCUUAUGGGAAAAA